UGACUAGUCCGCUAAGCUAAAGGCAAAACUCCCGUCCAUUUUGAAACAAUUUGACAGCAAAAUGCACAUCCCAGAGAUCCCCAGCAGUUGCAGACGGAUUGAGGCAGUGUUCACUAGUACCUCCACUGAUCUGGAGGGCUUUAAGGCUCAUGCUGUGUUUCAGGAGAUCGCUAAAAAGCUGGAAGAGGAAGGUGAUCAGUACGUGAAGAAGAUCGGAGGUGUGUUCGCUUUCAAAGUGAAGGACGGCCCGGACGGCAAAGAGGCCACGUGGAUUGUAAACGUGCGUGAUGGAAAGGGCUCUGUCCACAACGACACCUCUAAGAAGGUGGACUGUACCAUCUUGAUGGCGGAUUCUGACCUGCUGGCCCUCAUGACGGGGAAGAUAAACCCUCAGACAGCAUUUUUUCAAGGAAAGCUGAAGAUCAUGGGGAACAUGGGAAUGGCCAUGAAGCUCCAGAACCUGCAGCUACAACCGGGCAAAUCCAAGCUGUGAGGCUCCGCCCAUGUGGACGUGCAUCCCCUCUGUCAGCACGACUUAAGCAGGGACAGAGGGUCUCAUCUCUUUCUGUGCUUUAGCCUUCAGACCUGUGUUGAGAACAAAAAUUAGAGGAUCUAGCACACUACAAACACUCGCCACUAACAUCUAAGAUCAGCAUGACUGAACUCUGGCAUUCCCACCUCAACACCGGAACAUUUUCCAGUCCACCUUCUUUUCUCCUUUAUUCCUUCUCGAAUGCACUCAGGAAAAUUUGUGAACGUGACAGUUUGCCUAAAAAUGAAAUGUACCCACAGUCCCACUUUAGUGCAAAUGUAGACGAUCAACUGUGACAUGUUUGGUGGGUGGGGUUUGGAAUGACUUCUGAAAACAGUCUCUGAUUGGCAGUAUGAAUCCACGGAGAGUAUAUGAGCUUGUCUCUGCAUUAAGUAUGCAGAAGCUUUUAGCAUUCACAUAUUUCCAUUUCAGUACUUGCAAAAAAAAAAUCUGAUUGUUUUUUAGCACCAUAUCUGCCCAAUUAUAAGGAAUGAGGUGGUGAAAUUUGUCAGCUAUAAUUCAUGAAAAAUAAAGUAAUAUUCCAACUUUA